ACGCUUCUUGAUGCACCAGUGCUGAGACCGUGGUGGAGCCUUAUUGUUACUUGUGCGGAGCCAAUACAGCCGUCAGUGCAUUUUGUGGGGAUAAAGGCACAACGUUGAGACAUCCAGCCAAAAUGGGGAAAGUGGAAGGAGGAAUGAAAUGCGUGAAAUACCUUUUGUUCGUCUUCAACUUCAUAUUUUGGUUGAUGGGAUCCUUGGUUCUAGCAGUGGGACUGUGGCUACGUUUUGACCCAGAAACUGUGUCUCUGCUCAGUGGUGACAAAGCUCCAGACACCUUUUUCAUUGGUGUGUAUAUCCUGAUAGGUGCCGGCAGUCUGGUGAUGCUGGUUGGUUUCUUUGGCUGCUGUGGAGCUGUUAGAGAAUCUCAGUGUCUGCUGGGUUCAUUCUUCGCCUGUCUGUUGAUCAUCUUUGGAGCUGAGGUGGCAGCAGGGGUUUUUGGAUUCCUAAACAAAGACAAGAUAAUCGAAGAUGUUCAGAACUUCUACACAACAACCUACAAUGAAAACAAUAAUGGCACAUUGAUCGUCUCAUACCAGAAAGUACUGAACUGUUGUGGAACUCUGGCUAGUCCCUGUCCUGAUACUGAACAAAACAUCAAGGACUGUGAGACAGGCAUCAAGGACUUCUUCAACAGUAAACUCUACAUCAUUGGGUACGUGGGCAUUGGCAUCGCUGGAGUCAUGAUCAUUGGGAUGAUCUUCAGUAUGGUGCUCUGCUGUGCCAUUCGGAACAGCAGGGAGGUCAUCUAAGCUGCCCCUCACCCCUAAUGUACCCAGCCCAGAAAGACUGUGCAGCCUUCAGAUCAGAUGUUAAGAUGUUAAUCGCUGUCAUCAUCUACCAAGGGUACCAGGAAAUAGACCACGUUCAAAAAAUCCUUCCCACUAUGGUGCUCAAACCAGCUCUCCUGGUCUUUCUCUGUUUUUUCUGUAUUUUUUCCUUCCUAUUUAUUUGCUGUCAAAAGCAAAGUAGUAUACUGUACUCUUAGCCAUUCACAUAUCCAGUGAGAACAGUACCUCUAUUUGUGAUGUUGACCCUACAAUCUUACAAAUUGUUUUUCCUCCUGGCCAUUUGGCUACAACUACAAAUUUUAACCCACAUACUGUCACAGUGGUGUCAAUGCUUUUUCACACAGUCUUGACACUGACCCUUUGACUGUGGGAAACUUAAGCCCCAAGAGAGCAAUCUGAGGUGAAAUCAGCUGAGUUUGCUUGUUCGCUGUGCACAAAUGAUCACAUGCACAUGGACGUGAGCAUGACAUACAAGCACAGCAAUGUUAUGCUAUGUGAAACCACAGCCCUAAAAAAGGUUGUCUGGCAUCUCGCAGGGAACCCUGAUUGGUGGAAUUGGAGUCGAGAGGGAAUGUUUCGAGAGCGCAUCCAUCAUGCACACAUCACACACAUAGUACAACGCACACACACUCUGUGAAUUGUGCAAUCAACCCAGAUUGCUCACUACCAGACAAAUCCACAGUUGUGAUAAAGGCACAGCUCAACAUUUAUGGAGAUAUGUUUAUUUGCCAAGAGUUGAAAAGAGGUGAAAAGAUUUGUAGCACUCGCAAUAUCUGCAUGGUGAAUAUGAAACUAUAGCCAACAAUCAGUUAGCUUAGCUUGGCACAAAGACAGGAAAUUGGGGGAAACAGCUAGCCUGGCUCUGAGGAGAG